AUGGGUUUAGAUUAUAUAAAGUUUUGUUCCUCUAUCUCUCUUGCCCCAAAAUCCACAAUACAUGUACUUAUAGAGAUCAUUAAAGAAGCGAAGACAAAUGGUGAUAAUCUCACUGAGUUACUUGAAGUCAGAAUAGAUGAUUUGGAGCCUCACUGCCUUGAAGAUGCGCUCACAGCUGCUGUUGAGGUUGGGAACCAGUUAAAUGUUGGGAAACUUGUCCUCAAAGGUGCCACAAACAUCCAACAAGCUCUGGAGGAUUCUAAACGACUGCAGAAACACGAGGCAAGGGCCAUGCUCUUACUGGUCAUUGCUGCACAGACAAAUGACAGGGACUUGGUCAUUAAGCUGUUUGGUGCACGAACACAAAGAAACACAUCACAUCCAAUGGCUAAUGAUGAUGAUUUUUCUGAAGUCCAGAAAGCCGUCAUAAGUGGACGUGUCUCAACUAUGGUUCCAAUAGAGAUAGCACAACGCCAUCAGAGCCCAAUUGUACGAGAGGAGCUUCUCCUGAGGACUAAUGUGAACCAGGAAGAGGGUUCUGUCUAUUGGCAUGGCCUCCGUCUAUUUGUACUUGAUCUCUCUUGGAUCCGCAAGAUACACUGGGUAAGAAGACUGAGACUGGAUGGGAAUGGAUUCCGAGCCAUCCCAAACGAAAUUAGAGGCUACUUGAAACAAGUAAGAGACAAACCUAUGCAUAAUAAAGCAUGUAUUUGUACAUCAUCAUGUAAUGAUGAUGUGCUGUCUACAAAAAUUGAAGUAUUACCAGUAAUUGUAAAAGAGCAAACAUUUAUUAUGUACUCUAGGCAAGGGUGAAAGUUUAUUUUAAAUAUAGUGGGUA